UAUUUGAGAAAGACAAAAACAGCGGGCACUCGGUGUGUGUUUUAGAUGUCAGCGAACAAAUUCAAAGACAUCGUGGCUCGUUUAGUUUUAUCCUUUAGAUAUUUCGAUGACAAAUGAGCAGCAACGAGGAGCGGAGUUAAAGCGACCGGGAACGUAGAGCGGGAUAAGCAGAUGGACUCGGGAACAAAACAAACCGUGUCACUAGGACCACACUAGGGGCUGAAUCAUUCACAUGCUACCUGGCUACCUCUUUUGUUCUUUAUUUUUUAACGUCUAACUCAAAGUCAGUGAAUAAAUUACACUCGUUUGUAGGCUUUUUGUUUGUUUGUCAGAGCGACUCGGUGUUAUCCAUGUCAUUGCUGUGUGGGGUUACACAAGCGGUGUUUUGGCGACAGCUGAGUUAGCAUGCUAGCUGUCCUUUGAACAGCUUUACCUGCUAAGCAGCUACAGAAUGGAGCUGAGGUCGCGAACCUGAAUUCACUUUGUAAAGGGUUUUAGUUCAAGUAGCUCGACUGGAGAAUGUGAAGCACCAUGGCCAAUUUUGAAACCUACCAAGAGUAUCAGAGAAUCGAAGACUUCGAGGAAGAUUCUCCAGCUGGAGAGGAAGAUUUACUAGUCCACGUCCCCGAAAGUCUAAAAGACUCAUGGCACCAUAUCAAGAACUUGGAUAACUUCUUCACAAGGAUUUAUCAUUUUCAUCAGAAGAAUGGAUUCGCUUGUAUGAUGUUAUCUGAGUUUUUUGAACUUGUUCAGUUUCUGUUUGUUGUGACAUUCACCACUUUCCUGGUCAACUGUGUGGAAUACGACGUCCUUUUUGCCAACCGAGCGGUCAACCACACCGGGCCGGGCCACGGCCCUUUGGAUCGGAACAAAGUCACUCUGCCAGAUGCCAUUCUACCCAGCCAGCAGUGCACUGAAAGGAUACAAGACAACAGUUGGAUCAUAUUCCUCCUCAUCAUGGCAGCAAUCUUCUGGAUCUAUCGCCUCGUUAAAGUCUUUUGCAACUUUUUAAGCUACUGGGAAAUCCGGCAGUUCUACAUCAAAGCUCUAAAGAUCAGGAUGGACGAACUAUGCAACUUCACAUGGCAGGAGGUUCAGGGCCGUAUCAUCAGCCUGCAGAAAGAACAGCAGAUGUGUAUUCAUAAGAAAGAGCUGACAGAACUGGAUAUUUAUCACCGUAUUCUGCGCUUUAAGAACUACAUGGUGGCUAUGAUAAACAAAUCCGUGCUGCCGGUGCAUUUACAGCUCCCCCUGCUGGGUAACGUGGUCUUCUUAACCCAGGGCCUCAAGUACAACUUUGAGCUCAUUCUGUUCUGGGGGCCGGGCUCCCUCUUUCAAAACAAGUGGAACUUGCACCCCAAGUACAAGCGCAGUGGGAACCGUCUGGAGCUGGCCCAGCAGCUCAGUAGAGUCAUCCUGCUGAUGGGCGUGGCUAAUCUGUUGCUGUGUCCGUUCAUCCUGGUGUGGCAGGUGCUCUACGCUUUUUUCAGCUACACCGAAGUGAUCCGCAGAGAACCGGGAAGCCUGGGCGCACGCCGCUGGUCCCUGUACGGCCGCCUGUACCUGCGGCACUUCAACGAGCUGAACCACGAGCUCCACGGACGGUUGGGGCGUGGCUACAAACCCACUUCCAAGUACAUGAACUCGUUCACGUCGCCGCUACUGACUGUGAUCGCUAAGAACGUCGCCUUCUUCUCAGGAUCGGUAUUAGCAGUUCUCAUCGCACUGACCGUUUACGACGAAGACGUUCUCACGGUGCAGCACAUCCUGACCGCUAUCACUGUGCUGGGGGUGGUCAUCACCAUCACCAGGUCUUUCAUCCCAGACGAGCAUUUGGUUUGGUGUCCGGAGCAGCUGCUGCAGUGCGUGCUGGCUCACAUUCACUACAUGCCCGACCACUGGAGAGGCAACGCUCACAAAAGCGAGACCCGCGACGAGGUGGCACAGCUGUUUCAGUACAAAGCGGUGUUUAUCCUGGAGGAGCUGCUGAGCCCCAUCGUUACUCCCUUUAUCCUCAUUUUCCUUCUGAGAAACAAGUCUCUGGAGAUCAUUGACUUCUUCAGGAACUUCACCGUGGAAGUGGUCGGAGUCGGCGACAUCUGUUCCUUCGCACAGAUGGACAUCCGACGCCACGGAAACCCGACGUGGAUGUCGGAGGGUCAGACAGAGGCCUCCAUGUACCAGCAGGCCGAGAACGGCAAGACGGAGUUGUCCCUCAUGCAUUUCACCAUAAAGAACCCACGCUGGCAGCCGCCUCAGGAGAGCUCCGUGUUCAUCAGCCACCUGAAGGAGAAGGUGCAGCACGACGCGCAGGGGGGUCCCUCCACACAGCUGCUGCUCUCUGAGGCUCCUCUCUGCACCUCACUGCAGUCCAACGAGUCUGGAACCGGGCCCGAUAACCUUCUAGCCAGUGUCCUGGCUCACCCCAUCCUAACGGCGUCUGGGCUACAAGGGCGGGACCACCGUUUCAUCCGCCCGAGCACCGCUGCAUCUGCAGCAGCCAGCGUCCUGGCCUCCUUAUCCACCUCCCAGUUUGCACACGGCAGUCGGGGGCGCCCCCACGGCCUCCUGCCCUCCUCUCUGCACCCCGAGGCCACCAUGUACCACAGCGACCGCACCGCCGUCGACAGUUUGUCCAACAGUGAGUCUCACAUGCGGAGCAACGCUCUGCACUCAGAGUUUGCGUCUGCAGAGAUGAGUCUCCAUGCCAUCUACAUGCACGAGCUCCACCAGCAGAGUUCCCACCCACAGAGGACAUCGGGUCACUGGCAGAAUCCUGUCCCAAUGAGAGAUCUGCACACAAACACGGGUUUCCACGCUCACGGCGGCCACGUUUCCAACAUUUCCACAUCCAGCCCGGCUCCUUUAGGCGGCUGGGCCGAGGUAGAAGAGGAAAACCAAGAAGAUCAGGAGAUCAACCUGGGAUCUACGCCAACUCACGGCUCCGGGAGUAGUUGUUGAAGUGCCUUUUUCACCAGGUAUGCUCCUGCAGUGAAGCUGGGCGACGUCCACGUUCCGUGUUUCUUCAUCCUGUGACAUUUGCUGAACGACCUUUUAUCACACGCGGACGCUUGUUUUUUUGUUGAACAUUGUGGCCUUAGAUGAUCUUCAUGGAGAAUUCAGCUUGGGUGUUGAAAACAUCACUAGUGUUCAUUUAAGGAGGAGUCUCUGAUGACUAAACCACUGACUCAGCAUCUCCACGCCUCAUCCUGUCAUAUCAUGGCAUCAGGGAACGACGAUGGCGUCAGGGAAACCAUUUGUCUUCCAGCUAUUGUCGUCAUGAGUUUGUAACUAAGUGUGCAUACAGAGCUAGUGUGGUUUUUAUAGGAUCUUUGUGCGACAGAUUUCCUUCUGCUCUGCCUCUUUGUGCACCAAAAUUCACUAAUUCUUGCUUUUAUUAAGAUCGUUUUCCAAAAAAAUUAAUCAAAAAGCGUCAAAUUGUGUCUGAGCGGACGACAGAUUGACCAUGUGAUGUUUGGCUUUUGUGGUGUUCUGUGAAAGAUCAGUUUAAAGAAAAAAACAGGCGAUGUAAUCUUUAAAAAAUGUAAUUUAUUAUCUUAAAAAAAAGUUCAAUAGGCGCAUCACUGCAACAAAGAAAUCCCUGUCUUCAUAAAAGGAUUUCUAGUCAUAAUCACAUUUCUUAUGCUGCUAUUCACAUGUAGACGUCCUAAAUCCAGAUUUUGUUUGAUACCUCGACAGCUCAUUGGUCAAAAGAGUCAGUUUUCUACGGUGACCCUGAAGUGCAAACCAUAUCAACAAUUUAUUUAACGCAGGAUAGCAUUAAAAAAAAUCACGACGAUAAUUAAAAAAUUAAUACAAAUAAUAAACGAGCAACAUUACAUUUUAGAAACAGAAAUAUAAUUCUGGAAAACCAAAAAGUAUUCCCAAAAAAAACCAAAACACAAUUCCAAAAGAAUGAAACAAAAAGGAAACGUUUCAAAAAAUUAGAGCAAUUAUCAUAGUGAAAUGUCAGAAAAUCCCAUGACACCUACUUUUUCCAAAAUGAAAUUUUAUUUAAUUCUUUGAAUAUUUUGUUUUCAUUUCGGCACAGUUUAAGUAAACCUUGUGACGACGUCAACUUGAGAUAUGACUUCCAAUACAUGAACAAAAAAAUAACAACUAAAACAUCAUUUCUAUUUCACUGCAACAACUUUAUGUAAAUACAAGUAAACAUAAAUUAUACUGCAAGUUAUCUCAAUAGGAGGCGUGUUAGAAGUUAUCAGAGAAAUACAAAAAAAAUAACUCCAUCUUUCUGACCAAAACUAAAAUUUGAGGUAACCAUUUAUCGCGGUCGUUUGAUAAAUCAAUGUCGAUAAAGUUUUGAUUGGUUGUGCCCGUCUAAUGUCUAGAAAUUACUUUUGUUUUAUUUUAAAUUUUAUUUUGGUUUUCCUAAAAUGUAAUUUUUUUUUGUUAUUUUCUUUAAUCAUCUAUGAUGUUAUGUAAUUUGUUAAAGUGAUUUGUACCUCUGGGCCACCGUAGUUUUAUCCUAUGAGUCUAAAAACAUAUGCAAUACUAUUACCAUUAAAAUCAGGAUCUAAAAAUAAUUAAAAUUUUGAAAAACGUAAAGUUUGUUUUAUAGCUUAACGCUAUAAAAAGCAAACUUUCUAAUUCCCUGUUAUAUUAGUGGCAGUAAAAAUAAAAGUUUAGUGAAAAUGUUCUGCUUCCAAACUGGAUUUUGGUGUAAAAGUAAACCAGAAGUCCAGCAAAUGAUUUAAGUAUUUUGUUGGAAUUUGUAUUAUUAACAAACUAAUUUGCGUCAUUCAUUCUAAUCAUAUUUUAUGCUUUUAAAAAAAAUCACAAAUGAAUCAGAAAUUCUGUUUUUGCUGAUGCAUUUUUUUGGGCCAAAGUUCCAGUUUUCAAAGUAAGAGCAUGAUAGGAAAAAAAAUAUCAUAAUUUAUUUUCUUUAAGAAUAUUUAUUAACUGUUUUCCCCCAAAUAUCUAAUUGCUAAAAGUGUAUAUGUAUUAUUUAUUUGACGGAAACAUUUUUUUUCAGUUACCAAAAAGUUACAUAAUGAAAAACUUAAGGAAAAAAAAUGAAUUUUUGUACUUUUAUUCUUCACAAAAAAAUGUCCGUAAUUGUUUCCAAUCUUAAACUAAACUAAGACGAGAGCUGCUUGUUGUGUAUAAAAUCUUAUUUUCUACUAACACUAGAUUUGUAAAGCAGAACCUCCCUGCUACUAUGAUCUCAUGAGCCACACAGGCAGUGUUUACACUUUAUUUAAGUUUUGUUCGUGUUGCAUGUGUCGGGUAAACGUGUGAUGACACCAACCCAGACCUGAACUGACGGAAAAGCAUUUUUGAGUGUGUGCAUGUGCAUAAAUACAGUUUGACCUUUUAAGAAAAGAUGGAUCUUUCUGCUCCCUAAGAUUUUAACCUCAAACAUUUCAUGAGAAGUUUAUUGUUUAACACUCACUGUGUAUUAGUAGGUUUUGAGACACUGGAGCUCAGCGUACUUUUAUUUUGAAAGUCUCCACAUUAACUUCCCUGUUGUAGAUUCUUUUGAGUACAAGCAGUGCCUUAGUAUUAGUUUUUGCUCAUUUUCAAGCUACUUUAUUUAAGCAAUAAACAAAUGUCUCAUAUAUGUAUAUUUUUUCCUCUCGUAUAUAUAUUUAGCAGAAGAUUGCCUCCAAGUAUUUUCAGAAGUAUGUAUUAUGAAGCGGUGGACUUGUAAGACGAGACUGUGGCGCUCAGAUCAAGUGUUUUGAAACCUGACCUCUUCUCUUCGUCUGAUGGAUUGUACCGUCAUCAAUAACCCUCAAAAGAACGUCUGCCUUGUCAUCGUGGCCGAGGCUGUCCGCCCGCGGUCGUCCACUACACACCAGUCCGAGCGUCACGGAGACUGGAACACGGUGCUAAACCUCUUUUGGACACGUUUUCCUACUAAACCUUUGUGUUCUGUUACUGCGGCGGAGAACACGCUAAAAGAGCUGCUUUUCUUCACAGCUGUUGCUUCCCAGAGAAGGACAUUGUUUGAGUGUGUUUGAUGAUUUCAUGUUUAUUCAAAUGUAAAAAGAAAAGAGAAAAUCACUUUCCUGUGUUGUGGAUUGGUUUGUCGUGUUUGCACCACCAGUUCGUUACAGACACUUUUUACGUGUCAUGAAAAUGUCACUUCUCCACAUGGAUCACAGGAGAAGCAUCAGUGAAAGGAUUUGGUUCAACUUCUUGUCUUGUAACGACUAAAAUUUAUUAAUUAACCCCUUAAUGCCUGUUGUCUCAAAUAUGGGACAAAAUAAAUGGGGUUAAAACAUCCAAAACAUGUAUUUAAAUUACUUAUGCUUGCAAAUAUUCCCCAAAUUAAAAACCUGCCAAAUAUUUUAAAGGUGUUGGAAUAACAACUAAAAUAUGAAGAAGAAACUAUAGAAUCAAAUAAAAGACUUGAUGAAGUGGAAUGGAUCCAUCUACAGAUGAAACACAAAACUUGCCUCAUUGUUGAAAGUCAGUUGUUUUUUAAAUAAAGUUUGAAAGCAUGAAAAAAUAA